CUUGCCUCUUACUUCUCCGUGUUCAUCUCCCACUGUGUUGUGGGGAAAAGGCGCUUUCUUCGUAUACCUGUCUUCAAAAGGAACAGAUUUUAAAAAAUGCGCCACCUCCUCCUGCUAGGACUCCUCGCGGUCGACCUCCUCCUGUUCGCCGAGUCCUUCAUCCUUCCUCCUGGCUACGUCGCUCCGCUCUUCCCCAACCUCCCUGUUCCUUUUCUUCCAACGCUCGGGGUGAUUCACGCCAGCGGACUGAUGCCGCUCUUGGUGUCCACGUUGCACGCUGUGCAGGCUGCCACCAUUAUAGCUCUUUUCGCGACCGGAGGCUACAGGCGCAAGAGAAGUUCCAGCUCAGAAGGUGUGGCGAAUCCCGAGUCCCUCAUCGCCGCUGUCAGCCGCCUGGACACUCACGGCUGCGUCCUCAAGUUGCUGUGUCAGCUGGAGGCCGAAUCGCCCGACGCGCUCUCGGUCGAGGAGAGGCUUUUUGUGGGAGCGUACGCCGAUCGCCUCGAGCUCUUCGCCGAGGGCAGUGGCGUCGAGGAGGCCCAUGGCGGGGAUGGCCAGGCGUGCGAGACUUCAGAGGAUAAGUGUCCGUUCGAGGGGGCCCUCCUGAGAGGCCUGUUGAGCAGGGUUUGGAGAAACUAUUCUGUGUAAAGAUAAAUCUGGUUAACACCAAUCAUAUCGUGGCUAUAUCAGCGGCCAUUUUUAGGGCACCCUCCCCCCAAACACACAUACAC